CUGACACAGGGAGAAAGAAACAGAUUGAGAACGGGAAGAGGAAUGAAAAUACAUCAAACAUAAAUAAAGCGAAAUCAAAGCAAUAGGAUAGAUUGAGAGAAAGGAGAAAGAAGAAGAGAGAGACCUUAAAAAGGGAGAGGGACAGGGAGAGAGAAAGAAUAGAAAAAUAAAGUAGGGGGAGUGUGCAGUUGACUUGAGAGAGAGGGAAAGGGAGAAAGGGCGAGAGAGAGAGAGAGAGAGAGAGAGAGAGAGAGAGAGAGAGAGAGAGAGAGAGAGAAAGAGAGAGAGAGACCAGCCGCCGGCCCAUUUAGGAAAGAUGGCUACAGUCACUGCAAACGGAGUGCAGCAAGAGAAUGGAUUCAGCACCACGAACAGCGCCGCCAGGAUGAACGGGCUCACAAUCGGUCAGAACACCAUUCCAAUGAAGGACCACGACGCCAUCAAGCUGUUUAUCGGACAGAUUCCCAGAAACCUUGAGGAGAAAGAUCUGAAGCCCCUUUUUGAGGAAUUCGGAAAGAUAUACGAACUCACUGUGCUGAAAGACAGGUUUACGGGAAUGCAUAAAGGAUGUGCCUUUCUAACGUACUGCGCCAGAGAGUCAGCACUGAAGGCCCAGAGCGCCCUCCAUGAACAGAAGACUCUGCCAGGGAUGAACCGGCCCAUCCAGGUGAAGCCAGCCGACAGCGAAGGACGAGGAGAAGACAGGAAGCUGUUUGUGGGGAUGCUUGGGAAGCAGCAGAGCGAGGAGGACGUCCGGCGGCUCUUUGAGACCUUCGGCCAGAUCGAGGAGUGCACCGUCCUGAGAGGGCCUGAUGGGGCCAGUAAGGGAUGUGCCUUUGUCAAGUUCUCCAGCCACGCAGAAGCACAGGCGGCCAUCAACAGCCUGCACGGCGGACAGACCAUGCCAUGUGCGUAUCCCCAGGGGGCGUCCUCCAGCCUGGUGGUGAAGUUUGCUGACACGGACAAGGAGCGGACCCUGCGUAGGAUGCAUCAGAUGGCGGGCCAGCUCGGCAUCUUCAGCCCCAUGACCAUCCAGUUUGGGGCCUAUGGCGCCUACUCUCACGCUGUAAGUCUCGGCUCCACGGGGGAGGAGACGCAGAUGAUGCAACAGCAAGCAGCGCUAAUGGCGGCGACCCAGAACUCGUAUCUGAACCCCAUGGCAGCCAUCGCUGCGGCACAAAUGCAGCAAAUGGCAGCUUUCAACGUCAACGGUCUGGUGGCUGCCCCAAUGACACCCUCCUCAGGCACCAGCACGCCGCCGGGUAUCAAUGCCACGGCCGUGCCCAGCCUAGCAGCACCCAUGGGGGUCAAUGGGUUCGCAUCCCUCCCGCCCCAGACCAACGGUCAGCCUAACAAUGAGCCAAUCUACACCAAUGGGAUCCACCCCUACCCAGGUGAGACAGCCAAUGGGAUUCACCUCUACUCAGCACAGAGUCCUACAGUGACUGACCCUCUCCAGCAGGCUUACGCCGGUGUGCAGCACUACGCAGCAGCCUACCCUGCCGCCUAUGCACCAAUCAGUCAAGCGUUCCCCCAGCAACCCACCAUCAUCCCCCAGCAACAGAGAGAAGGGCCGGAAGGCUGCAACCUGUUUAUUUACCAUCUGCCCCAGGAGUUUGGAGACGCAGAAUUAAUGCAAAUGUUCCUGCCUUUCGGCAACGUCAUCUCCGCCAAAGUCUUCGUGGACCGGGCGACCAAUCAAAGCAAGUGUUUUGGCUUUGUGAGCUUCGAUAACCCGUCCAGUGCCCAGGCGGCUAUCCAGGCCAUGAAUGGUUUUCAGAUAGGCAUGAAGCGGCUGAAGGUGCAGCUGAAGCGGCCAAAGGAUGCCAACCGACCUUACUGACCCCUCUGCCGUCCACAUCCAGGAUGAAGGGCCACAACACCUUAUUUCCACAAGUGCAGUAUAAAGUACAAAGACUUCUUGCUCUGCUACAUAUCAUGAAAGAAGGGUGGUCCCUUGAUUCUGCUGGAAGAAUAGCUGGAGAAGAUUGGGUGACUGAGGAGGAGAAGGAACCCGGAGAUUAUUUUUUUUAUUUUUUUUUAGCAAAUGCCUCUUUUCCCUGUUUUGCUUUGGCGUCUGUGGAAGAGGAUUUUUUGCAGAGACCAACUUUUUGCUGCUGUUUUUUAAACAAGAUGGAAAACCUUUAUAGACACAUUAUGCUCAAAGCAUGCAAACUGACACCGAUAUAUAUAGACAUGAACACACUCUUACCAAACACACAUGCAUACAUACAGGCCAACACACACACACAGACACACACACACACACACACACACACACACACACACACACACACACACACACACACACACACACACACACACACACACACAUACACACACACACACACACACACACACACACACACACAUACACACACACACACACACACACACACACACACAUAUUCUCUCAGACAUCCUACAGUAUGUGCAUUUGCCAACUUAAACAUACGCGGACAGACAGACACACACAUAAACACACACACACACAUAUACACACACCAGCCUGCUGCCAUUUUGGUUUUCGUGCCUACACAGGUGAUGUGCUCUGUGACAAGGCGAGCUCUGAGGAAAGAAGAAGAGAAAGGGAGAAUCCAGGAGAAUUUACAUGCAUCAUUCCUUAGGAAAUAGGGACCAAAGGACUUAACGCUUUUUAAAAGAAUAUAAAUAUAUAUACAUAUAUAUAUAUAUAUAUAUUUAAAAAACUCUUACCUUGUAGCUGCAAGUAUUACAAUUUAAUAGUAGUCAAAAUAAAUCAUUAAAUCAAUAUCCAGUGGCCUAAGUAAGAAUAAAAAGAUAAAGGAAAUAAUGUAUACAUUGAAAAAAAGACAAGGAAACGUAGUAAAGGGGCUGAUUAUUAUGUUCUGGUUGCUGUUUUGCCACCAGUUAGUAGAUUAGAAAAUGUAGAAUACUAGAAAAGUAGAUUUGAUCUUUUUUGCUGUUAUUUUUUUUUAAGAAAAAAAUACUUGAACUUGUAAAGUAAGGUUGGAGGGAUGAAAAAGAAAAAAUGAUUCAUUUUGUCUGUCCCGUCCCAGUGGGCUUUGGGGCAUUGGGGUCUCUCUCUUGGAUGUUACGGUCGGGCCGCUGGACAUGUCCCUCAUCAUGGUGUACAACUCACUCACAGCACUAUCUGACAGCUAUAAAGGAACUGUUUUUGAGAAGAGGGGGAAGAAGAAGAGAAAAGACAGAUGGACCUUCCUAGUGUCUGUGCUGGACAGGGUGCACAUAUGAGAGGCUUAUUUCCCACAAGCCUUUGUGUUCAAGCGACAAUCCACUGUAAAAAAAACAAGCAAAUCGGACAUGGUGUGUUCUUUUCUUUUGAGCUCUAUUAUUACGACAGGGAGUGUGCUAUUAUAAAAGUUAUUAAAGAAAUGCAUAAAGAGAAGCUUCUGCAAACGAGAUGGACUAAUGGACAAAAAUUAAGGCAAGCAGAGAAGAAAAUUAUUGAGUUGAUAGCUACUGAAACUGCCAAAGGAGUGGACUCAACUGUAUAACAAUGAAUUGGCUCUCGUGGCGUUUGAGUAAACGAAAAAAAUAGACCCAUUAAAAAUAACCAUGUUUUAGGCAAGAGGGAGAAAGAGAGAGAGGGAGAGACAGAGAGAGAGAGAGAGACAGAGAGGGAGAAAGAGAGAGAGGGAGAGAGAGAGACAGAGAGGGAGAAAGAGAGAGAGGGAGAGACAGAGAGAGAGAGAGAGACAGAGAGGGAGAAAGAGAGAGAGGGAGAGACAGAGAGAGAGAGAGAGACAGAGAGGGAGAAAGAGAGAGAGGGAUAUUUAUGUCCGCUGAAGCCGUUCUAAAGCUCUGGUGAGAUUGAGAAACAUCGCCUCACCCCCACGGCUGCAGAACAGACACAAGCAGAACUUGCUCUGAAAGACACACUAGAUUUAUCGAUGGCAAAACAGUGGAAGCUUUUAGAGCUCAUUUAACUUUGUCGUAUAUAAUGUACAUGCCACUGUUAACAUGUCCCCUCCCUGACCUGCUUUUUUUCAAACAUUAUAUAAUGAGCCUGUGGAAAAACCUACCUAUCCGACUCAACCUAACCUAACACAGUCUGAAUUACAGCCAUACCACAGCCAUCAUUCAGCUCCUCCCUGCCAAUCCAUGCCUAGCAGAACACAGCUCUGAACUCUUAACUUGUCAGGCUUUGACUUAGUGUCCACGAGACCCUUUAUUUGGACUAUUUUACAGUGGUGGAUGCAGCUGGCCCCUCUAUGAAAACCAGAUCAAUAUGUUUGCUAUGAGUCUCGAGGAAGGAUAAGAUGGCAAGUCAUUCACUUCCUCAAAUUCUCUCAGUAGAACACCAGCUCUCCCCCUCUCUCACAACUCCCUGAGAGUUGACUGAAGGCAUAUGGGAGGUAGAGCUGGACAUUGAAGAGAAGGGGAGAGGAAAGUGGGAGAGGUCAACAGCCAAACCCUGAUCUCUGAGCUCUACUCCACGCCAGCAUGUCCAACCUCGUCUUACUUUAUCCUUUAAAGUGAUGCUUCUUGGAGUUUUCCUCCGGGGACCGAAGCCACAGCAAGCACAGCCUCCAUGUAUCUGUGCUGGCUUGCUCUUGGGGAAUGGGAUUGAAGGGUUGAUAAGGAAUCACUUGGCAUGUAUUAGGUACCUGCUGCCUUCUGUCCAGCCUGUGUCUGUUUACCUCUGGGACUUGCUCUCCAAAGCAGAGCGGACGCAUUCCAAGUCACUGACUGAAAGCCCUGCCUGCCUGCCUGCAUCACACAAGAGACAUCAAGACACAUGACUUUCAUUCUCUUUCUCCCAGCUGCUUAAAUACAACACAAUGCCACUCUUUUCUGUGAGAGAAAAGCUCUUGGAUUUGUCUUGAUUUGUAUCCUUGUUUUUAUCAUACCACAUUACUGUAAUGAAUGUUAGCUUCUGACUUUGUGUUUGUGUUCCUCUGCUAUGAAUAGACACUGUUCUGUUCCAUCAUGCCUUCCAGAACCCCAACCUAGCUGUUCAUAGCUGUUCAGCUGUUCCCCUGGAACAAUGUUUCAAACCAACCUGCAGUUCAGUGUUUGGCUUCAGUCGCCUUCGAUUAUCUCUUCCUCCGUAUUAGACAUGCUAUUUCACCUUUCCCUCUAAUCACGUUGUAAUAGUGAGGCUCUAUACAUUAACACCAACCAAGUGAAAAGUCAUCUGCAUAAUCACAUGGACCAAAUUACAGUGGGGAUGGUCCCUUGAAUGCUCUGUGAUGACAGAAGGUAGAUUAGAGAGAAUUAUGUUUGUAGCGGCUCCCUGGCAAGGAUGCCGACAGCUGACCUGGCACCGAUAUCACCGCAGCCGUAUUUAUGAUGGAGAUGGGAUCCAGGAAGCAGGAUGAAACCCUCCAUGUCAAAGCUACUCUGGGUAUUAAUGUUGGAUAUUUGAUUGGCGUGGGUAUAGAUUAUGUUGAAGAUAAGGCAAAAGAGACCCGGUUUGAAAUAUUGCUCCAGGCACAAAAGGUACUGAACAAUAGCAGGUUGAAAUGGUUAGCAGACAACCAACUCUUCCAGUUUAAAAACCCUCAGUUCCUCUGUUGUAGCUGCCUGCCGGGUGGCCUGUGCUAUUGUACUUCAGCUUUCAGCACUUAAUUGUGUCUCAACAAUCUCCUCAGAGGCCGCCAUUUUCCACAAAACAACCAGCUCAAAAAAAAAUGUAUUUUUCACGGCAGUAUUGCAGUCGGGACACCUGCAAAGCACAGAAUAUUGUUCAGAACUGGAGGCGCACAGUAGUUAUUUUGAAUCAAAACGAUGCCCAUUGAAAAAACAGUGCCAGCUUUGGUCAUGGGUUGUCGCAACUUAACUUCAAAAACAGUAAAAACACUCAACCUUUAGUUGUUGUGAAGUCAGCCAAACAUGUAGGAACUAGGAAGCCACAUGAAUUAAUGUGAAGUAGGUCAAUAUGAAUGCAUGUUCUUCACAGCAGCCCUUUUGUGCUCAUUAUUUAUGUAAUGCUGAAUUAAUCAAUAGGAAACCUAAUGUUCCGUGAGCGAUGAAAUCUCCUAUGCUUGUCUCUCUGCCGCUUCAAAAGCACCUCCUGCAAGACUAGUCCCAUUAGCCUCACCAUGAGCCCUCUGAUGCCGCCUACACCAGAUAAAUGCUGCAUACCCCUACAGUCAACUUAGAGCAAGGUUAGGUUCAGCCUAGGUCCAAUCCCCUGCCCAGUUUUAUAUUCCCUGCUUGGCUAACGUGCUAUGCUUGUAUAGCCUUUCUGUUGCACCAGGGAGCUGCAGAAACAUGCUUGGGAAGGCUAGAUUAGACAAUGUUAAAUCAGGGAUCUGUUUGAACGAGGGUACUCUUAUUGCUCUUCUACACAGGGGAGGAAGGUUAUUAGUGUGACAUGCAGUGAAAACAGAAAUAGCUGUAGUGAAGCCAGGCUCUGGAACAUCAGAAAUGAGAAGUGGGUUUUAUAUCCUUCUUUUACUGACUGCAGAAGGCUGCCAGCUCAGCCCAUCUCAGCUCAGAUCUGGCCCUGUCUGGCCUUAAGUCGAGGCACAGGCUGUCUGGAGAAUGUUAACUUAGGGGUGACUAGCCUUACGCAGGACUGAAAUCCACCCACUCAUGUUCAGAUGAGAAUAUUUAGAUUGACAUUAUAGGUUAUUGAUGUUGUUAGUUCAACUCACUUUAUGUCUGUUUGGAAACAUAGUACCGGUCAAAAGUUUGGACACGCAUGCUCAUUCAAGGGUUUUUCUUUAUUUUGACUAUAUUAUACCCUACAUUGUAGAAUAAUAGUGGAGGCUUCAAAACUAUAAAAUAACACAUAUGGAAUCAUGUAGUGACCAAAAAAGUGUUAAACAAAUCUAAAUAUAUUUGAGAUUUUAGGUUCUUCAAAGUAGCCACCCAUUGCCUUGAUGACAGCUUUGCACACUCUUGGCAUUCUCUCAACCAGCUUCACCUGGAAUGCUUUUCCAACAGUCUUGGAGGAGUUCCCACAGAUUCUGAGCACUUGUUGGCUGCUUUUCCUUAACUCUGCAGUCCAACUCAUCCCAAACCAUAUUAAUUGGGUUGAGGUCGGGUGAUUGUGGAGGCCAGGUCAUCUGAUGCAGCACCAUCACUCUCCUUCUUGGUCAAAUAGCCCUUACACAGCCUGGAGGUGUGUUGGGUCAUUGUCCUGUUGAAAAACAAAUGAUAGUCCCACUUAGUGCAAACAAGAUGGGAUGGCGUAUCGCUGUAGAAUACUGUGAUAGAAAUGCUGGUUAAGUGUGCCUUGAAUUCUAAAUAAAUCCCAGACAGUGUCACCAGUAAAGUACCCCCACACCAUCACACCUCCUCCUCCAUGCUUCACGGUGGGAACUACACAUGUGGAGAUUAUCUGUUCACCUACUCUGCCUCUCACAAAGACACGGCGGUUUGAACAAAAUCUCAAAUUUGGACUCAUCAGACCAAAACACAGAUUUCCACCGGUCUAAUGAUGAUUGCACUUGAUUCUUGGGCCAAGCAAGUCUCUUCUUAUUAUUUAUGUCCUUUAGUAGUGGUUUCUUUGCAGUAAGGCCUGAUUCACACAGUCUCCUCUGAACAGUUGAUGUUGAGUUGUGUCUGUUACUUGAACUCUGUGAAGCAUUUAAUUGGGCUGCAAUUUCUGAGGCUGGAACUCUAAUGAACUUAUCCUUUGCAGCAGACAUAACUCUGGGUCUUCAUUUUCCUGUGUCUGUCCUCAUGAGAGUCAGUUUCAUCAUAGUGCUUAAUGGUUUUUGUAACUGCACUUGAAUAAACUUUCAACGCUCUUGAAAUGUUCCAUAAUGACUGACCUUCAUGUCUUAAAGUAAUGAUGGAAUCAUUUCUCUUUGCUUAUUUGAGCUGUUCUUGCCAUAAAAUGGACUUGGUAUUUUACCAAAUAGGGCUACCUUCUGUAUACCACCCCUACCUUGUCACAACACAACUGAUUGGUUCAAACGCAUUAAGAAGGAAAGAAAUUCCACAAAUGAACUUUUAACAAGGCACACCUGUUAAUUGAAAAGCAUUCCAGGUGACUACCUCAUGAAGCUGGUUAAGAGAUUGCCAUGCAUGUGCAAAGCUGUCAUCAAGGCAAAAGGUGGCUACUUUGAAGAAUCUCAAAUAUAAAUAUAUUUUGAUUUGUUUAUCACUUUUUUGGUUACUUAAUGAUUCCAUAUGUGUUAUUUCAUAGUUUUGAUGUUUUCACUAUUAUUCUACAAUGUAGAUAAAAGUAAAAAUAAAGAAAAGCCCUUGAAUGAGCAGGUGUCCAAACUUUUGACUGGUACUGUAUGUAAAAUAUAAUAUAACAAAAACAUAUUUAUGGUCAUGUCAACGGUCACUGUAAUGUCUGACCUUCUCAUGUAACAUUAGCACCUGUGAGGCAGUUAUUCACAUUUCUUAACCUCUGGUUAUUCUGCCUCCUCUACUGGCUCUAGUUAUAAUACCUUCCUAGUUUGCAUUCCAUAAAGUCUGUCCUCAUGAGGAGUUAGAAACCUCAGAGCUCCGAGGCUGACAGAGGGGCAGGGUAACCAAUCCUAAGAGCCGAAGAGGUUGCCUAAGAGCCUAGAUAACCAAUCAUCUGAGCUAUGAAGCUGGUGGAUGGGUUGAAUAACCAAUCCUAGUGAGCAAAGAGAGAUCUGCCUAGCAUGUCUAGCAGACCCCAGCCCCUGGGUGUAGAGAACACUCACCCUAAAAUAGCAGUGAUUGUCAAGGAAAGGAAGUGAAAUGUAAUUGACUGAAAGUGGAGAGAUAAUUAAAGGAACCUGUUGGACAGGAGGGAGAAAUUAAUGGCUCUCAUUUAAUAGCUGCUUUGGGAGAAGAGGAGAGCUUUUCCGUCAUCUCGCUUAGGUAACGCAAAAAGGGGUUUUCGCCGUGGAAAUGGGAUUUUAGCUGAGAGGGGAAGUGAAGUGGAUUUGGAGGGGGGGGGGGUUGGGUGCUAAACUGAAACUCCACAAAGUCACUUCGAUACUCAGGGCAUCAGGCACUAUGAUGUCAUGAUUAGUGGAAACUUUCAGAGCCUUGCCUUCCCCAUGGGCCCUGCCUGCCUUGUCUGGCUGGGGAGGAAUAAGAGCUGCGUAUUCACCCAGAGGCACUGAGAGUAUGGUGGGAGCUGGGGGAGCAUGUUGGACCUCUGCCAGGGCAGCUGGAGGAGCCAGAGACAGAAUCACACUGUCAGUCAGUCACAGGGAGUGCUGUCUGUCAUUGAAACAUUAAUGCCUUGGAUCCAUCAGGUCAACGUGCAAUUUUAAAAGACACUAAAAGGAAGACUUUGAUCCUAUCAUAAACAGCAUAAAGAGCAGUCAAUCACAGGAAAGUGUGGGAUCAUGUUUGACAACAAAGCUGGAGAUUCGAAUCAAAGUGAUGGAGACAGAAUUUUUUAUUCCUUCAUGUAAAUAAUUGAACACAAACAAAUGAGUCAGGAAGUAAGAACUGUACAGUAGAGAGGUCUGUCUAUAGUAGUCACCUGGCUGUGUGGACAUUGAUGUCACUAUAAAACGUAUCCACAGCAGUGCAGGGAAUCUUUGGAGAGGGUGGGAUAUUUUAACCUUUUGGCCUUUUGGUUACUGAGUAAAUAUGAAUGAAUAUGCACUAUACACUCAGCUGAACACCACCCUACAUAACAGGGAGAAGAUAGCAGAGAUCUGAUUCUAGAUGAUUUAGUAGGGCUUCAAUUCCAGCCUGGAGCAAUCCAUUAAUUAGGUUUACACUGACACAUCAUGAUAUUUCUGACAGUUGAAAGAUUGCCUGCGCACUAGCUAAUUGGAUUAGUCCAAUCGGAGCUGAUGAGACUGAUAUAUGUGACCUCAAAGACGUGAAGAGUAGGCCCGCCCUCAGUCUGCUCCGUGCCAUGCAGAGGAGCAGGUGAUAGUGACAGCAGCCGUUAGUUCGCUAGUCGCUAGCUAGCUAGCUUGCCAUCGGGGCUGGGCGGCGCCCGCCAGUCACCGCUAUACUCCACAGCUCCACGGGUAUGGGCAGAAGGGGGUGAGGGGUUGCCAGAUUGGAGCUGAAAACAUAUUUACACAUUAUCCAAACACAGAACACAGGUGUAUGAUGAGAAAAAGAGAGGGCCAGGUGAGCCGGAUGCACUGCUACUAGAAUGAAUGACUACCCUGCAGAUCUCCCUGCCUCUGUGGCCUGCCCCUGCCUCUGCUCUCCCCACGGCCCGAGUACACAGCUGCCUGUGGUACUCCUGUACAUAUUACAUAGCUUAUUUUUUAAUUCUGUUAAGGCUUCUUUAUAGACGACCGUACAAUAAAUCAUGUUGAAAAAAAAUAAAGAAAUAGUUCAUAUAUUUCACUGACUACGAGAAGGAAACUAUGAAAUAAUUGAUCAAAAACAGUAGGGAUUUUCUUUUCUUGAAUAUUGAAGCGCUGAUGUUAAAAUGGAUUUUAUAUUAAUGUUGGUAAAUGGUUCUUUUUUUUCCAUUCUCUUCUGUUUUCUGUUUUGUUAUCUGCUGAAGCUGGGAUGGACCCAUUGUCUCAAGGUUUAUUCUGAUAUGCUUUGAAGAUACAUGUUGAAGGGACUUUUUGCUACACAAUCCUGUAUGGAAUUACUUGUAAAUGCGCAAGUUUAAAGACAUGCUGUUGACAGAAAGCUCUUACAUUCAGUACAAGACUUAGAAACUGGACUGUAAAAGAUGAUAAAAGGUCAUGGGGAUUCAUAAAGAUGAAUCCAUUGCACAACACAAUUUCGAGAGGACGCAUCGGCUGUAAGUAACGUUGAAAAGGAUUUCAUUGUCGACCUUCUGUUCUUUUGGAAAACCUCAGAACAUUUGUUGUCAGAUUUGUUUUGAAAAAUAAGCUGUCAUUUACCGUGAUCAUUGUCUUUUAGCCAUACAUUUCUCUUUUGUUUGAUAAUUUCUUUCUUCAUCUUGAAUCUUUUUUUUCUAGAAAAAGAAUCAGAGACAUCUCUUUUAUUGUCAUCUUUUCUGUAUGCGGGAAGUUUCUCUCAGACAUAAUUUCUUAAGAGCUAUUUCAACAUUACUGGACAAACUUGUAUAUAACAACUGUGGUUGACUCCAACACCACUGAAGAAAAUGUGCCACUAACAGAUUAAAAGUUCCACAACACUGUUUUGGUCUAGUCAGGUCAACCCAUGGCCUUGACACCAAACUGAUCAAGAGAGGGAAGUCUGCCUUAAAACACAUGCAUUCUCUCUGGCAGUAUUACCUUAAAAAACGUAUCACAGACAUUGUAUCCUGGGGAUGCCAAUGCUAGUUCUUUUCCAUUGUUUGUAAACAUGCUCUGGUUUUUCCUUGCUGAGAUGAUGAGUUUCUGGUUAAUUGAAAUGCAGCUGUCAGUUGUAAAGAUUGCCUUGUGUCAGUUUUGCCUCAAUCCCACUUCUGACACCAAUAAGGACGGGGUCAUACAGUACAGUUACAUUUCCAUCGGUUACAUGGACCAAAUUUUACCACAUGAAACCAACAUAGCAGAGUUGCCCUAAUCAAACAUGAAAUGAGAGCCUUUGUGCAACCAUUAAGAUAUAAAGGAAAGCGAAAAUCAUCCACUCUACUUUGCUUCAUGAGACAUUACAUUCCCAGCUUCUCUCUCGCAUUUCAUCCACUUGAUUUGACUUCUGUCAGACAUAUAAAACAUGUCAUUUUAUGUAUUUUAUCAUCAUUUAUUUUAGGUACUUAUUAGCUGAUUUAUUUAUAUUUUAGAUAUAAUUGUAUAUCUUUCUCAUUUUUACAUGAACAAAGUUAGUUGAUUAUCCCUAUUUUCUCAAAACAGAACUGUAAUUUGACUUAGUGUUGGCACGGGUCUGUUUUCCCUAAUUCGGGGUGGUUUCUCCCAUAGUGCUCCUGAACUGUAGUUCUCUAGUUCAUUAUAUUCUGCUUAGACUAAAAUAAAGCACAGUCCUGUAGAAGAUUGA